UCUGAAGUGUGAGGGGGGAAAAAAAGAAGAAAGAAAAAGUUACAAUCUGGAUUCCGUGAUGUUUGUGUGAACAGUUUCCCCGAUCCGAAUAGAUUUCGUUCGGAAAAGGGGAGACUUUCAUGGAUUUUUUAUGUGGGACCCGCUAGGAUGGACGUGGUAGAUGAAACAGAAGCUUUACAGAGGUUUUUUGAAGGUCAUGAUAUUACCAGUUCUCUGGAGCCAGCCAACAUCGACACCAGUAUCCUGGAAGAGUACAUCAGCAAGGAGGACGAUAGCACUGACAUCUGUUUCUCAGAGGUCCACAGCGCCCCGGGACCAAAUUACUCAUCUCCCCAGGCAGGACUGUCGGCCUCUGGAGGCCUGGUGUGUGGCGUGAGCCCCCCAAUCCCGCUGCGCCAAGGAGCCCCUCCACCCGGGCCCUCCAGCUGCCAGAACGCCUACCCCCAGAGUCUACCCCUGGGCCUCCGACACAACUACCCCUGCCUGGGGCAACAGCAGCAACAGCAGCAGCAGCAGCAACACCAGCAACACCAACAACACCAGCAGCAGCAGCAGCAGCAGGGUCAACUCAAGCCUGAGCACCGGGGCCAUUACGCUCCGGGGACACUUCCAGAGUCGCCACCAGACUCCAGCUCAGAGCCGUACUCGCCUCAGCAGGUGAAUGAUCCUCACAUCAUCAGGACAAUGACACCAGAGAACAUGUGUCACAUGACUCCAACGCCACCCCUCCCGCCGCAAGGGCACUAUCCCAGCAUGCAUCGGGACAUGUACCUGAAGCCCGAGCCCAUGAUAUCCCAGUAUCCCAUCGGACCGGCCACCAGUGGAAGUGUCGACAUACAGCAGACACAGAUGCUGCAUCAGCUGCUACAACAUCCUCAGGGGCAAGACGGCAUCCCUGUUCAUCAGGCCAAGAAGAGGAAGCACUCCGACUCGCCCAACAGCACCUUGAAUUCCCAAAUCCUCACAGGUAUCAUCAAACAAGAACCAGGUUUGAUGCAGGAUGCAGACAACGCUUACCUGGACCCAAACUAUCAGUGCAUUAAAUGGCAGCCGCACCAGCAGAACAAGUGGACUCCGUUAUAUGACGUCAACUGCAAAGAGCUUCCAAUGCUAACCUACCGUGUUGAUGCUGACAAAGGCUUCAACUUCUCCUUGGCUGACGAUGCUUUCGUUUGCCAGAAGAAGAACCAUUUCCAGGUUACAGUAUACAUCGGCAUGCUGGGAGAUCCCAAAUACAUCAAGACCAGCGACGGACUGCAGCCCAUUGAUUGUUUCUAUCUCAAACUCAAUGGAGUGAAGGUGGAAGCCAUGAAUCAGUCCAUUAGUGUGGAGCAGUCACAGUCUGACCGCAGCAAGAGACCCUUCAAACCAGUGCUUGUCACUUUGCCGCCAGAGCAGGUCACAAAAGUCACAGUGGGACGACUCCACUUCAGCGAGACCACAGCAAAUAACAUGAGGAAGAAGGGCAAACCAAAUCCUGACCAGAGGUAUUUCAUGCUGGUGGUGGCGCUGCAUGCACAGUCCCACAGUCAGAGCUAUACUGUGGCUGCUCACGUGUCUGAGAGGAUCAUCGUCAGGGUAACGUCUGGCCAUGCAUCCAACCCAGGACAAUUUGAGAGCGACAAUGAAGUGCUUUGGCAACGAGGCCAACUGCCAGACUCCGUGUACCACCACGGGAGGGUCGGGAUCAAUACCGACCGGCCUGACGAGGCCCUUGUUGUUCAUGGCAACGUGAAGGUCAUGGGCUCUCUGGUUCAUCCAUCAGACAUCAGGGCCAAAGAAAAUGUCCAGGAGGUCGACACCACAGACAAUUUAAAACGGAUUUCUCAGAUGAGGCUGGUCCAUUAUCAUUACAAGCCUGAGUUUGCAGCUACGGUGGGCAUAGAGAACACAGCAGAGACUGGAGUGAUUGCUCAAGAGGUUCAGCAAAUCCUUCCUGAGGCGGUGAAGGAGGGGGGUGAUGUGGUUUGUGCCAACGGAGAAACUAUUCCCAACCUGCUGGUUGUCAACAAGGAGCGUAUCUUCAUGGAGAACGUCGGAGCGGUGAAGGAGCUGUGUAAGCUAACAGACAACCUGGAGACUCGUAUUGAUGAGCUGGAGCGCUGGAGCCGCAAACUGGCCAAGCUCCGCCGCCUCGACAGCAUGAAGAGCACCGUGAGUGGAGGAACAGUCAGCACAUCGGGAAGCUAUUUUAGCAGAACAGGAAGCGGCCCGCUCAAGAAGAAGCCGCCAAAACCUGGGAGCAAGAGCUCGUCCACAGACCAGGGCUGCAUCAGUCAGAGGUUCAUGCAGGGGACCAUCCUGGCACUGCUCAUCGUCAUGGCCUUCAGCGUCAUUUCCAUGUCCAUCCUUUAUGUGCUCACUCUCCACCACAGAGGAGAUAUUGCUGAGAAAGAUGGCUGUGCUCCUUCGUGUGUUCUCCACAUCUAUUGGAUGCCCAUCUUCACUGCCACUAUAACUGUCUGUCCGCCUGUCUGCCCAUGGUCAAGAGCAGCACUUGGAUCCUCUCGCAAGAGUACAUACCCUCCACUGUCCACCACAGCUGUACCAGCUCCUGCAGCUUGCUGUUCAACCACAGCUGUAAACAACCAAUCCUCUACUGUUGUGACUCUGAGCAACAACCAAUCCACACCAGGUUUAAGCAGUCCGGUUCCCACACCGGGCACGAUUAAUAAGAAGGCCAAGUCCAGGCCAAUGGAAAAGGACGCCCACAACAGGAACCGCUUGAGUCACACCUCUGCACCCAUGUACUUUGCCAAGUCUAAACGGCCCGCCUCCUCGGACGUGGGUGGCGUGGGAGCCACCAACCGUCUGCCCGGGGGCCAGCAGCAGCCAGUUCCACGCAGACAGCGCAGCGUGCAUACACAGGCAGGAAGGACAGUUCCCUCGCUUACUGGUGUUUAUAUUGUGGAAACUGACCAAGAAAUUGCUGUGCAAAGUUGCGCAACAGCAGAGAGCUGCAGCUACACAGUGUCACUCCACAGUAAAAGAAAUUCCUCCAUCUCACAAAUCACUUUACACAUGACGUCCACCAGCAAUGUAUAUGUGCGGCAAUGUGGAGCCACCAAAGGACGUCUUUGCCCCAACCACACAGAAACAGAUCUCUACAGUGGACAGAAUACAUCCACAAAGGGGACUCAUCACUUGUGGUCACUGAAUGUGCAGUCUUUCCAAGACGUCACAUAUCAUUUCCGUGUAUCCACAUCUAGUGAAGACAGUUGUGCCACUGAAGGAAAAUUCUCAGCGUUCGCUGAAUACCACUUUGUCAUCCUGAGCAGCUGCGUGUGAGGAGAAAGACGACGUGUCCCUGUGCCUUCACAGUUCAUCAUGUUUUUUUUGUUUUUUUUUUUUGUGGUUCUGUUUUUAUGCUGUUGUGAUGGAAUGGAGCUUUGAAUUAUCAUUGUGCAUUAUUUUAAAGAUAUUCCUGCAAAGACAAAGUAUUUACUGUCCCCACUCCAAACCCUUCCAUGUGUUUAUCAGUUCAGCCUUUGGUUUGCUGUGGUCACUUGAGUGUGAAACCCUGCUUCAAGGUGCAGUAUGUACAAUUAAUGCUACUUUUGAACAAUA